AUGAUUGACAACGAGGAGUUCAAUUAUACUAAUUCUCUUAAUUUACUUGUUGCAUUUUUAAUAAUUUCAAUUGGAGUGUUUGGAGUAAUCUGUAAUUCCGCGAUUGUCUACAUCUAUUUGAAAGAAAACUCCGAGAAAACGGCGUUCAAUUUGAUUUGUUUCUUUCGAGCGAUAUCUAAUGUUAUUAUUUUAACCAAUGUCUUCAUGAUCACCUUUUUCCCAAAAACAAUGUUAGGUUACUCCCCAUACCCACCGGUCAUCGAAUCUUGGUUAAUCAACACAUCAAACACUUUAUAUCUUGGAAAUGAAUAUCAGAUAGUGCUGGUGGCUUUGAAUCGAUUUUGUGCUCUAUUCUUUCCAAUGAAAUACUCCAAAGUUUUCUCUGUCUUCAACACAACUAUUGUUUUGGUUGCUAUCUACAUUUACAGAAUUGUCAAGAAAAUUAUAGAACUUUGGCCUCAAUCAAUGAAAGGGUGCCAUGCCUUGUAUUCCACAAAAGCUCUUGCUUGGUCCUAUAGCGAUGCAAAGGAGUGUGCUGAUUGGGAAGACGAUGCACUUGUAGUUAUUUUCUACACUUUCAUAGCAAUGUCUAUCUUAAAUACGAUAACUUUUGUGAAGAUUCUUCAUUUUUAUAGAAAACGAAGUUCUGAUCAAGAUAAAGAUACUAGGAAGAGGAUGAGAAAGAACACGAUCCAUUUCCUGCAAACAAUGAUGCAAGAUUCCUUAUAUUUGAUUGAUCUCACUUUUACUUUCGAACUGAGUUCUUGGAGUACCCAUAGAGUAUGGACGUAUGUUAGUGGAACAUUGAUUUGGGAACUGCUGCACACUACUGACGGAUUCAUUAUGGUGAUGUUCAACGAAAGGCUUUCAUUUUUCAAGAAGAAAAUCUCAAACUCUUCCGUAAUUCCAGUCACAGCGACUCCUUCACCACUUCGAAGAGGAACUAUUUCAGUUUCAACCAUUCCAUCGAUAAACGUUUACACCGCGCAUACUCCGACUUCACAUCCAGUUUCUUGUCCAUGCAAGCUGGAAAUGAGCACUAUGUCAAAUUCUACAAGCAACUUUUAUAACUAUAAAGACAAUGUCAAUCUCAUUUCAGGGAUAUUGACUUUUGUGAUUGGAGUAUUUGGGGCAAUUUGUAACUACACGAUUGUCCAUGUAUUCAUUGUGAGCCCUGAUAAAACUUCUUUCAAUCUCAUCUGUUUUUUCCGUGCUCUCAUUAACUUUUAUAUUCUCGUCACUACAUUUUUAGGUGUAUUUCUUCCUUCAACUCUUCUAGGCUAUUCAGUCUACUCUCAAGCCUUCGAAUCGUGGAAUCUGAAUUUAAGUAUGUCUCUCUAUCUGGGAAACGAAUAUCAGAUCACUUUGGUUGCUCUCAACAGAUUUUGUGCUCUUUUCUUUCCCCGUUACUACACGAAAAUCUUUGCGAUUCGACCGACUUUAUUUGUGAUUAUUGUAUUUUAUGUGUAUAGAUUGGUAGUGGUUAUUUAUAUGACCGCGGUUGAUGUUGCCCGCGGGUGUUUCUAUUUCUUCUCAACUAUCACUCUCGCGUGGCAAUAUCCAUUUGAUCCUGUGUGUUGGUUCGAAGAUAAUAUUAUGAUAAUUGUUCUGACCACAUUUAUUGGCACGACCUGUCUUAACAUGAUUACUUUUGUCAGAAUUCUAAAGUUCUAUCGGUCAAUGAAUACACAUGACAGAGAUACAAGAACUAGAGUCCGAAAGAAUGCAAUGCUAUUCUUCCAAACCGUUCUUCAAGACUCUCUUUACAUUAUUGAUCUAUCAUCCACAUUCAAAUUAGGAGCACUAAGUACUCAUCGAAUGUGGACUUCCAUCAGCGGAACACUAGUCUGGGAGUCACUUCACGCACUAGAUGGGUUUGUGAAGACGCCCUCUGUUCCAAUUUAUGCAACUCUUUCCAGAUUCAUCAUGCUCAUGUUCAACGACAGAUUCUCAUUUCUCUGCGCUCGCAACGAAUCUCCAGAGACGAGUACAUCUGCAGUUCCACGACGAGCACCAGUCCAUCCUUUAGGUUCUGUAGGAUAA